AGAAAACGAAAGCACCAGAAUCUUUACUGCCACUCUCCUUCUUUCUUCCCCUUUCCUCAUUAAAAAUUUGCAGACAAAAUACUUAACCUACAGAACCUUCUUUUCUGUCAGUAAAACAAAAACAAGAACCCCAGAUUUACAAACCCCAAGUUUACUAAUUCUCAUUCAAUCACAAAAUGAAGGCAAAAAAUAUGUUCUUGUUUUUAUUUUUAUUAGUUGUAAUUUCAGCAAUCUUAGAUCUUUCAGACAGUUAUACAGAGAUUGAGCUUCUGGGAAUGGAAAUUCACAGAAGAAUUCUACAUCAACCAUUGUUUCCAGCCACAACACCACCAGCAACCACCACAGAACCACCACCUUCAACAGCAGCUCAAAUUCCAGACCCAUCAAAGCAACCAUUUUUCCCAGAAACCCCAAAUGGGACACAAACCACCCCCACAGAUCAAACCCCAACUACUAAUCCAACUACUCCAUCACCAUUAAAUGUAUCUCCACAGGUUCCAGUUGCAACUUCAGCAAAUCCAACUAAAAAAGUUGCAGUAGCAAUUUCAGUUGGGAUUGUAACAUUAGGUAUGUUAUCUGCUUUAGCAUUUUUUCUGUAUAAACAUAGGCAUAAACAUUCCACUGAAUCAUCAUCACAAAAACUUGUUGGAACAAGAAAUUCACAACAACAACAGCAAGAAUCAAUGCCACCCACUUCUGAAUUCCUCUAUUUAGGUACAAUGGAACCCGCUUCGAAUCGAAGAGUGAGUAAUUCUAAUUCUUCUGAUACUAAUAAUUAUAGUAAUGGUUCACCAUAUCAUAAAUUGCAAUCACUCCGUAGAUCAGAAUUGAAUCAUCCAAGUCCUGAAUUACAACCAUUACCACCAUUGACUAGAAAUCCACUCGGUGGCGAUUCGUCGCCUCCCAAUAUAUCAUAUGAAGCUCCUUAUAGAACAUCUCCUUCUGCAAUGUCAUCAGAAGAUACAUUUUAUAGUCCUCAGAAUGAAGCUGUGGGUGAAAGUCCUCCGAUUCAUCGAGGGAUUUUCUUUGGUAAUUUCAAGUCUAGUGUUAUUAGUACUACUCCCCAUUCUAAGAGAACGUCUCCGAAAUCUCGUCUUUCCAUUUCGUCUUCUCCUGAUGUUAAAUUGUCUGAGUUGAGACAAGCACCACCUCCACCUCCACCACCGCCAAUACUACAACCUCCAAGAAAUCAAGUUCCGAGAAGGAAUACAAAAUAUCAAUCUCCACCAGGACCACCACCUAAUUUAAUGAUUCCUAAGGUUGUAAAUGAUACAAGUCCAAGAAAUUUGAGAAGUAGCUCGUCGGUUCCGCUCCCACCACGGCCACCACCGCCUCCGCCACCCCUAGGAACCGCAAGAUCUUUAGAAGCAAAAGAUUCAACAGUACCUAGGCCGCAGUUUGUGGCGCCUACGCCUAAGCCGGCAAUUCGAGCUGAUAUCUCAUCACCUGUUGUGGAGGAGCAUAAUGAGGUAGAAGAUGGUGAUGGUGGUAGACCAAAGCUAAGGCCUUUGCAUUGGGAUAAAGUACGAGCGACUUCAGAUCGAGUAAUGGUGUGGGAUCAGUUGAAUUCCGGAUCAUUUCAAGUGAAUGAGGAUAUGAUAGAGACCCUUUUCGGGCAAAAUCAAGCUCCAACAGAAUCAAACAGAAGAUCAAGUUUUCCUCCUGUUCCGAAAGAAAACCAGGUGUUGGACCCAAAGAAGUCACAGAACAUAGCUAUACUUUUAAGGGCGUUGAAUGUCACUCAAGAUGAAGUUUCUGAAGCACUUCUAGAUGGUAAUCCUGAAGGUUUAGGUACUGAGCUUUUAGAAACUUUGGUGAAAAUGGCCCCAACCAAAGAGGAAGAACUAAAGCUGAUAAACUACAAUGAUGACUUAUCAAAACUAGGUUCUGCAGAGAGAUUCCUGAAGGCCGUCUUGGAUAUACCGUUUGCCUUUAGAAGAGUUGACGCCAUGCUAUACAGAGCCAAUUUUGAAGCAGAAAUAAACUACCUGAAAAAAUCUUAUGAAACCUUAGAGGCAGCAUGUGGAGAAUUGAGAAAUAGUCGGCUAUUCCUAAAGCUUCUAGAAGCUGUUCUCCAAACAGGGAACCGAAUGAAUGUUGGCACAAAUAGAGGUGAUGCAAGAGCUUUUAAGCUUGAUACACUCCUAAAACUUGUUGAUAUAAAAGGAACCGAUGGAAAGACAACGCUGCUCCAUUUUGUUGUACAAGAGAUUAUUAGAUAUGAAGGUGCCAGUGCUAAACGUGCUCAGGAAAAUCCUCUGAGUGAAACAAAGCCAGGAGUGAAAGAAGAUGACGUGAAGAAACAAGGUUUGCAGGUCGUCGCUGCACUAAGUAGAGAACUUGGGAAUGUUAAGAAAGCAGCUGGAAUGGACUCUGAUGUCUUAAGCUGCUAUCUUUUGAAGCUUGAGAAGGGACUUGAGAAAGUUAGGUUGGCAUUGCAAAAUGAGAAUUCAAAAACCGAGGGGAAGUUUUUUGGGGAAAUGAAGUUGUUUCUUAGUGAAGCUAAGGAGGAAAUCCUUCGAGUUAAAGGUGAUGAGAAAAAAACUUUAUCCCACGUAAAGGAGGUCACAGAAUAUUUUCAUGGAGAUACUGCAAAAGAGGAACCACAUCCAUUCAGAGUGUUCAUGAUUGUUAGAGAUUUUCUCUCUGUGUUGGAUCAUGUAUGCAAAGAAGUGGGAGAGCUACAAAAAAGAACAGUGGUGGGAGCUUCUAGAUCGUUCCGAGUCCCUGCAAACACUUCUUUACCUGUUCUUAACAGAUUCAACACAAGAGAACAGGGAAGCCCAGAUUGGGAUACGAUGUCUCCGUAAAAUUGUGAAAACCAAGCACUUGAGUCUCACCAGAAAGGAUAACUAUGAUUUCAGUCUCCGUAAAAUUGUGAAAACGAAGCACUUGAGUCUCACCAGAAGGGAUAACUAUGAUUUCAGUCUAUACAUAGUAUACAAGCAGAGGGGAAUAUGACUAUUACUAAGCAGGCCACGGCAGUCGAAGUCACGGGAAACAGGAAAAGGAAAAUCGUAGUUGUGGUUGUGGGUUCAGGAGCUAUGAUAAUGUGAAAUCAUGAACUUCCCACAGGAUUGAACAGUCACAGACUGACAGCUUCCGCUGAAAGCAAAUACAUACACUGAUGAACACACUGUAGAGGCCUUUUAUAGUUCUCAGAGUAGAAAUGUCAUUUGAAGAUUUCAAGCA